CAUCUCCUCUAGUGCGCAUAGAAAAAAGGAAACCCCAAAACACAGACCUCCCAACUUAUAUAAAUACAAAAUUAUAUUAAUGUAUAUAUUAUUAUUAUGUUAAUUGUGUAAUUAAUCUUUUGUUAUUAUGUCGAUCAUAUUCAGUCUCAUAGACAUAACGGUCCUGAGAGUAUUCCUAGGCUCUAAGCAACCUAAUAAGCUAAGGAUUAGUUCUAAUAACCAAAAACCAAGUUCGCUGACAAGUUCUUUUCCAAUACGUGAUUUUUGCUUGUAAAUCCCACCUCACCUCAAAAUAUUCCCCCAAAUUAGAAUGAAAUAAUAAUUAAAGACACUAAAUGAAGAUGGAUUUAAUUGAUGAUGGGUGGCCCAAUAUUCAAGUUUGUAUUUCUGUACAUAGUUUGAUUUUGUGAACAUGGCAUCUACUGCUACUCCUACUGCUAUUACUACUAAUAAAAAUCAUGCCUUUUUUCGUACAAAGAUGCCUCUUUUUUCUUUUUCCUCUUUUUGGGUCACUAUUUCCUCUCUCUUACUCACUCUCUUCAGAUUCUUCCCCAAGUUUUUUCACAGAUAUAUUGAAAACGAUUCUACCCAGAUGAACAAUUCUUCUAAAGCUGAGUACCAAAUUGGUUCGAGUCUUAUUGAGCCAGAAAAAGAUGAAGAUUUGGAUGAUUCGUUGGAAGAUUCAAAACCCCAUUUUGGUUUCACAUUUAAGUUUCCAACAUAUGAAGAAUUCAGUAAAAGCCAUGGUGAUUUUGCCAGCUCGAGUGGGAACCAGUUUUGUUCUGAGGAACCAGAAGUGAAAGUUUUUAGCAACAAAUAUGAUUUUGUUUCUGGUGAAAACCUUAGCUUUUUCGUUGAAGAAGCUAAAGUUUCAAACUUUUUUAUCAAGGAGUUAUUUGCAGACUCUAAUGGAGAUUCUUCAUUGAAACUUGGUGAGGUUAUUGAUUCUGGGUUCUUGUCUGAAAACGAUUUUGGGAAACAAGAAGAGGUUAAUGUCAUUAAAGAAGAUUCUUCUAAUUCUGGGAAAGUUGAUUCAGAGAAUGACAGAGAAAACAAUUCUCAAAAGGUACAAGAAAUUAAUGAGGAGAAAGGAGAGAAGUUUUUGUCAGAAAGUAACUAUAUGUGUUCAGAUUCUGACUCGGAUUCCAUUACUUCGAGCCAUGAAUUCUCAUUUAUGAGUCAAUUUAUUGAUUCAACAACUGAUAGUUUUCUCUCAGAUAUGGAUUUUGAAAUUGAAGGUGGGAACUUUGAGUCAAAAAAUGGCGAGUUAGAUUCCAAUGAUGAUGAAGAUGAAGACAUUCUUGGUGAGCUUAGGAAAUUAGUGGAGUCCCAAACAGAGGAAUUGGGAGCCAAACAGGGGAAUGUGGAAGACAAUUCUGAAAAUGGUUCAAUUAAUGAUAAUGGUAAUGAGGAUUCGAAUGGAUUGGAAUCGUUAUGGGAACAUCAAGAAUUGGUUGAGCAGCUGAAAAUGGAGCUUAGAAAGGUGAAAGCCACAGGACUUCCUACCAUUCUUGAAGAAUCUGAAUCACCAAAGAUAACAGAGGAUUUGAAGCCAUGGAAGAUGAUUGAUGAGAAGUUUAACCAUGGUGAUAAAUUGAAUGAGCUUCAUAAGUUUUAUAAGAGUUACAGAGAACGUAUGAGGAAACUAGAUAUUCUUAAUUACCAGAAGAUGUACGCAUUAGGCUUUCUUCAAUCAAAGGACCCACUUCACUCACUAUGGAGCCCCAAGUCUUCAACUUUCUGGAGACACAAAAGAAAAAAGCCUCAUUCGGACCAAAUGGUGAAGUUCAUACGCGAAUUGCAGACCGAUUUGGAAAUGGUUUACGUUGGACAUUUGUGUCUUUCAUGGGAAUUCCUUCAAUGGCAAUACGAAAAGGCUUUCGAGAUAUGGGAAGCUGAUCCUUACGUGUGGCGCCAAUACAAUGAAGUUGCCAAUGAAUUUCAACAAUUUCAGGUUCUCUUACACAGGUUUGUAGAGAAUGAACCUUUUCAAGGUCCAAGAGUUGAGAAUUAUGUCAAGAAUAGAUGUGUUAUGAAAAAUCUUCUUCAAGUACCUGUCAUAAGAGAAGACUCAAAAGAAAGAAAAAGAGCAAGAAGUAAAGGAAAAGAUAGUGAUGCAAUUACAAGUGACAUGGUAUUAGAGAUUUUGGAAGAAUCAAUAAGAACCAUUUGGAGAUUCAUAAAGGCUGAUAAGUUUACUCACAAUUUGGUUCCGAAAAAUCGUAGAGGAGGAACUCAAGUAGAGCUUCAUGACCCUGCAGAUUCUGAUCUUUUAGUAACUGUUCAAACAGAGCUCCAAAAGAAAGACAAGAAACUUAAAGAGGUAUUGAGGAGUGGGCAUUGCAUACUUAAGAAAUUCCAAAAGCAGGAAGAUGAUGGCUCAGAUCACCUUUACUUCUUCUCUCAAGUAGAUAUGAGAUUAGUGUGUAGAGUUCUAAACAUGUCAAAGAUAACGACUGAUCAACUUGUUUGGUGUCACAAUAAGCUAAGCAAGAUCAAUUUUGUUAAGAGAAAAAUACAUGUAGAACCUUCAUUUUUGUUAUUUCCUUGCUGAAUGUUAAUAAAAAAGUUUUUUAACUUU